GUGGGACAUGGGUGAAUGGUGAUGAUAUCAUUUUAAUGCCCUGUUCGGCCUUUACUUCCUGGUUGUUUUUAUCAAAUGAUAUUAGCAGAGUAUAUAGUCCGGCUGCUCUGGCAGGUAGACCUGAAUGUACGCCACCCUGUCAAGUCAACAUUGGUUUAUAAAUGUAUUUCAUUAUGUGGUUCUUUGCAUUCUUUCUCUAGAUCUCCCAUCAGACCUUAAAAAGAAGAUAAAUAUGAAGAGGGUCAUCAUGAUGCUGAGCCUACUUGUGCUAGGGUUACAUCUGUCUUUUGUCCGUGCACAUCCCCAGUGCCUUGAUUUCUACCCACCAUUUGAGCUUCCAUCAGACAGUCAGCCAUUUUGUGAUGGUUACAAGGACUUUGGUUGUUGUACAUUGACUCAGAAUGAAGCCAUCCGAGAAAGAUACCAGACGCUGAAGAGAAACCUGCCAGAAAGUGCCGCACAUGAAUGCAGAAACUUCCUGAAGGAUAUCUUGUGCCAGGAAUGUUCACCCUACGCAGCUCAUUUAUUUGAUGCAGAGACUACACAUCGUAAGACCUCUCUGCCAGGUCUGUGUGGAGGAUAUUGCUCUUCUCUCUACAACACAUGUCCAGGACUUAUUCCCUUAGUGACGGAUGAUGCAGCAAUUAUUGAUGCACACAAUGCAAGUGAGAGCGCAUUCUGUGCUGCAGUGGAGAUAGGUGAUAUGGACUACUGCUACCCAAACAUCCUUCAGGAUACCUUCCUUGAUGACUUGGCUUGGGAAGCACGAACUGGUGGAGGGGAUGGCUGCCUGUGCUUCGAGGAAUUUGCCAAUGACUUACGUAACCCUAUUCUUGCUGUCAAUGCCAACGACAGCACCCACCGUCUCUUCAUAGCAGAACAAGUAGGAAUUGUCCAUGUGUAUCUCAGGAAUGGGACACGACUCAACGAUCCCUUCCUUGACAUCCAGGACACCGUCCGGACAUCAAGUCGAAGGGGAGAUGAAAGGGGCUUCCUUGGACUGGCCUUCCAUCCGAACUUUACCAGCAACAGCAGAUUGUUUGUGUAUUACAGCACUUUAUCUUCCUCAGGGUCAGAAAUAAUCAGGAUUAGUGAAUUUCAAACCAUGUCCAAUGACUCCAACCGGGUGAACAUGACAACAGAGAGCGUUAUCCUUGAUGUUGAACAACCUGCUGGUAAUCAUAAUGGUGGUCAGAUGCUGUUUGAUGAUCAGGGUUACCUCUAUGCUAUCCUUGGUGAUGGUGGACGAGGUGGAGAUCCCUUUGGGCAAUAUGGAAAUGCCCAAAAUUUGGCUGAGCUGCUAGGAUCUGUAAUCAGAAUUGAUGUAGAUCAGCAACAAGAAGGUCUUGCCUAUGCCAUACCACCCGACAACCCAUAUGUCUCGUACAGCAACAGUGAGAGACGUCACGAGAUCUAUGCCUAUGGCACCCGGAACAUGUGGCGUUGCUCUAUCGACCAGGGCGAUAGACAGACAGGGGAGGGAAGAGGGCGUAUUUUCUGUGGGGAUGUUGGCCAGAGUAGCUAUGAAGAGAUUGAUAUCAUCGAGAAGGGAGGCAACUAUGGAUGGCGGGGGAAAGAAGGGUUUUCCUGCUAUGAUAAUACAAUUUGUAAUUUUCUUGAGAAUGAAGUACUGCCCAUCCAUGUAUACCCUCAUACCGUUGGCAAAUCUGUGAUUGGCGGAUAUGUGUACAGAGGGUGUCAGUACCCAAACCUUAAUGGAAAAUACAUCUUUGGAGAUUAUGUAUCAGGACGAUUGUUUCAAUUGAAUGAGAACACAACUACCCAAGAAUGGAAUAGCAGAGAGUUCUGUCUUGGGGACAACACUGUUUGCACUGGGUCUAUGCUGGGAUCCUUCCCUAAGAAUAUCCUUUCAUUUGGAGAGGAUGAAGCAGGUGAGAUGUAUCUUCUCUCAACUAGUGAGGCGAAGACCACUGUUCCUCAAGGGAAAGUAUUCAAAAUCGUUGAUCCUCGAAAGAGAGGAAAUCCUGAGGAGUGUCUCAAGGAUAUCAGAGACGUUGAUGUCCAUGGUCCUACCACACCCUUUGAUGUUCAUGGUUCUACCACACCCUUUGAUGUUCAUGGUUCUACCACACCCUUUGAUGUCCAUGGUCCUACCACACCCUUUGAUGUUCAUGUUUCUACCACACCCUUUGAUGUUCAUGGUCCUACCACACCCUUUGAUGUUCAUGGUCCUACCACACCCUUUGAUGUUCAUGGUCCUACCACACCCUUUGAUGUCCAUGGUCCUACCUCACCCUUUGAACCAUCACCCUCAGUGAUAACAGGUACAGUCCGAAAGGCGCAGCGCUUUAACAAUGAACUGUGCCUCACUGUCUAUGUUGAUGAACUCCACAAGAAGGCAUACGACCUCCCUGCCAUACAUGCAGGACGAAGGAUCUCCAUCUCGCAGUACUCUCGAUCUGGUAGCUGCCGAUGUCCAAACCUGGAGGUGGGACAGACCUACUUCAUCCUUGGCGACUUCAAGUCGUCUUGGCAGAAGCUCCCGGGACUCUACCCCCUGGACCCCACCGAGGGCCCUAAGACGGUCCCUAAAUGCUCAUCAGUCUGA